GUUGAAAAUCAGCUGAUCCAGCGUAGACGUCUUUAGUCACGACUACAACGAUUAAUCCAUACAUUCCUGGCUGUAUUUCACUGGAAACAAGAUACUAGACUGCUGCAACCAUGGCGCUCAGCGAUGCCGACGUUCAGAAGCAGAUCAAACACAUGAUGGCCUUCAUUGAGCAGGAGGCCAAUGAGAAGGCAGAAGAAAUUGAUGCCAAGGCAGAAGAGGAGUUCAACAUCGAGAAGGGCCGUCUGGUGCAGACCCAGAGGUUGAAGAUCAUGGAGUAUUAUGAGAAGAAAGAGAAGCAGAUCGAGCAGCAGAAGAAAAUUCAAAUGUCUAACCUGAUGAACCAGGCUCGUCUGAAGGUAUUAAAGGCUCGCGACGACAUGAUUUCAGAAAUGUUGAGCGAGGCGCGUCAACGGCUGGCCAACGUAGCCAAGGACCCAGCCAGGUACCCAGCACUGAUGGACGGGCUGGUUCUGCAGGGUUUCUAUCAGCUUCUUGAGACCAAAGUGACCAUCCGCUGCCGUAAACAGGACCUGCAGGUGCUUCAGGCGGCUAUCCAGAAGACCAUUCCCAGCUAUAAAGCAGCAGUGAAGAACAAUAUUGAGGUUCGCAUCGACCAGGACAACUUCCUGUCCCCAGACAUUUCUGGAGGUAUUGAACUCUACAACGCUGAUGGGAAGAUCAAGGUGUCCAACACCCUAGAGAGCAGACUGGACCUCAUGGCUCAGCAGAUGAUGCCUGAGAUUCGAGUGGCUCUCUUUGGUCAGAACCAGAACCGCAAGUUUUUGGACUGAGUGUCUCCAUCCAUCGUCUUGAAGAGGAGUUAUUUAUUUUUGUUGUGUGAAAGUUACCAUUCCUGUGUCUGUGAGAAGAAUUCCAAAAACGCAGUUAAAAAUGGAAAAGACACCG